AUGAACCUCACCCAAAGACAUGUCUUGUCUGCCUCCAUUGCAGCGUUCAUCGCCUGGGGUCUUGCAGUCCGCGCCCUUCCCGUCUUGCGCUUCUUGGGAUACGCCUUCACCCUGGGGUCUCUGGUCACCCUCGUGACUCUGCUCGCAGCAACCUUGAGUGUCUCUAGGUCGCGCGCAGCCCACCAGGCGCUCUCUUCGCCUCCCACUGCAUCUCCUGCACUCCUUCUCCCUCAGAAGUGGGACUCCGAACUGUCAGCCCUCCGAGCUUCCCAACAGUACCAACCCGUCCAGCUCUAUGACCAAUCCUUUGUGGUCUCCCAAGCCCUCGAGGCUCUCAUUGGUCUUGCCCUCCGCGACUUUGUUUCCUCCUGGUACCAGAACAUUUCCAAGAGCCCGGUUUUUGUCAAUGAAGUGGACAGGAACAUUCGCGCUGCGUUGGUGGAGAUCAGGGACCGGAUUCUCGCCGAGGACAUGGUCAAUGUCGUCGUGUCCAGGAUUGUGCCCCUGAUCACCGCACACCUGCGUGACUUUGAUCAGGCCGAGCGUGCUGUGCGAGGUCGCAGCUUGAAUCGCAAUGUCACUGAAUCGGAAGAGCUGGAAUUGGCCAUUGCAGCCAAGUACAAGGAUGGAAAGCUGCACCCUGCUGCCGCCCUGGCGUAUUCGGAUACGAAGACAGUCCAGCAAGACCACCUCCGAAAGACCGUGGUCCGCAUUCUGCCCGACCUUUUAUCUCCGAGCAUGAUGGGGAGUCGCGCCACCCUGGUGCUCGUCAAGGAAAUUGUCGCCUGCGCAGUCCUGUUUCCAAUCAUGCAGUUGCUUUCUGAUCCGGAUACAUGGAAUCAAAUCAUCGAAGCCUAUGGACGAACCGCGUUACAAGACCGAAAGACAGUGCGCCGAAUGAGAGCGGCGUUGGAUCAGCACGCAUCUCCCGUCCCCAGAAGCAAAUCCGGCCAAGAGUUACCCCGUUUAGCACCCAAUGACAGCGAACGUGCUUUUGAGCGAUUUGUUAGAGCCAUUCGCAAAACCAAGAACCUGUCGGAUGCUCGACGAUUCCGAAGCUCCGUCGCCAGCCAGAUCCAGCGCGAGAGCCUGGUCGAGGGUCAGGAUCCCGUCUACCUGCGGAGGUUGGAAAUGGCCAAACGCGUCCUGGACCAGAAGAUUGCGAAACUCACUCAAACUGGACCCGUCCCGCAGACGGCGAUGCCACAACUCGACUCGCGCCCAGUUCCAGCCGCGAAACCCCGCGAAUGGACUCUGGUGGAGAUCAUGCACACUGCCUCAGGGCUGUCGUACUUUAUGGAGUUUAUGGAUCGUCAAAAUCGUAUGUCUUUGGUCCAGUUUUGGGUGGUAGUCGACGGCUUCCGCAACCCCCUCGAGGACGAUUUUGGGGAUGAGUUGAAUCCAGGUAUUCAACAGAAUUGGACCGACGCAGACCGUAUGGACAUUGCUCAAAUCAGUGAGAAAUACAUGUUGAAGGAAGAAUUGAACAUCCCUCAAGAGUCCAAGGACGCCAUCAAAGCGUUCUUGGCCGCUGGCCGAAAAGCGACUCCUCAACAAUAUCGCGCUGCGAGAACUGCCAUUUUGGCCGCUCAGUCUGCCGUCUUGGAAGAGUUGGAAACGCGACAUCUGCCAAACUUUCGGAAAUCCGAUCUCUACUACAAAUUUCUGGCUUCGGCCGAAGCAGCCGCAGCGCGCCCUCGCCAGCAAAGUACAGGUAACCUUGCCGAGGUGAACGGGCAGGUGGCUGUUGCUGCUGAUACUUCUAAAGCCCUCACCCAAGCUCCUUCAAUCACGAGAACCAGUUCACAACUUGCUACACGAAACAAAGAUCUGAGGCGAGCUGCGGUGUCGUCAUCGGAUGUUCGAAGCUUGGCUUCGUCCAAGUUGUUUGACGAUGGAGAUUUUGCGAAAAGGUCUAGCGGGGCCACGCCCCUCUUCGACGAUGGCUACGACACUGAUCCAUUGGCACAUUCUACCCACAGCCUCGGGCACGAAUCCCUGAAUGGUGACUCGCUGGACCAGCGUCAGGUCAUCGAGAACAUGGAAGCAGCGAUGAAUAAUAUCAUGACGGAUAGUCCCAUGGACGAGACCAUGGGCUUCGAUGAUGACACACUGUUUGGGUCCCCAGUGUCGGCGACCAGAUCUUCGAAGAAUAUCGACUCACCCCGCAGCUCCUUCGACAUCGCCGGCACCGAACAGGCCAACAGGCCCAAACCCAGCCUGGCCACUCUCGGACUUGUCAACACCUCCUCUCGCAUAGGCGUGUUCACCGACAAUGAUCUCUUUCCUGACGAGGAAAAGUUCAUCGAGGACGAAUAUGUCGACAAUGACGACAGCAGAGGGGACAAUAUAGACGAGGAUGAGAUCCACGAGGCUGCACCAGGGGAUCUCGGCCUUGCCGAAGCUAUCAGCGCUCUUAAUAACGAUAUCGAGCGCCUGGUAGCCCAAGAAUCGGUGGUGGACACGUUGACUCGUAAGGCUGAACUGACAAACAAUGUCGCUGAGCUGCGAAUUCUGAACAAAUCCAAAUCGAGUCUCCAGAGGGAAAUUCGCCGGAAGGAGCUUCAGCGUCAGCAAUACAUCGUCCAGGAAAGCGACAACAGUUUGUAUGGCCGGUCAAGCAUCUCUAUCAAAUCUGUCGUGGUGGGAAAAGAGGACGACGGGCGGGAAUUUGCGCUGUAUGUCAUUGAGGUACAGAGGCAGGCCGGUGACCAAAUGCCGGCAGCCGUGUGGGCCAUUCCCCGACGGUAUUCCGAGUUCCAUGAGUUACAUCAACGGCUACGGCGCAGAUACCCCUCAACCAGGAAUCUCGAGUUUCCUCGAAGAAGGGUUGUGAUGAAGCUUCAGAAGCAAUUUCUACAAAAUCGGCGGCUCGCACUGGAACACUACUUGCAGCAGUUACUCCAAAUGCCCGAUGUAUGCCGAAGCCGAGAAUUACGGUCGUUCCUCUCCCAGUCCAGUAUCAAGUCCCAGCAAGACACGAGCAAAGAGUCCAACGCACAAGACAUUGUAACUCGGAUUUACAAUUCCGUUACCGAGGGCAUGGACGAGUUCCUGGGCAAUGUGUCGGUCCUGGAUCAACUAUCCGUGGCCGGACAGAAUCUGAUUUCGGCUGCCACCAAUCAAUUGGGGAUCAACCAGGCUGACAUCGUCCCUCUUGAACCGGGCCCGGUCGCCGAGGCCGAGGCUGAGUUGGCAGCGUUUGAGGACAAAGAACUGGAACCUUUUGUGAAGCCAAUCUGUGACGUCUUUCUCGAGACGUUUGAGCUGAAUCGAGGGAACAACUGGCUUCGUGGUCGGGCCGUGAUCGUGGUCCUCCAUCAGCUGCUCGGAGGGACCAUCGAACGCAAGAUCCGCGAAAUCUUCACGAGUUUGGUGCAAGAGGAAUCACUCCUCCGGUACACUGACAUGAUCAAGGAGACCAUGUGGCCCGGUGGUGGCACGCUGAGAGAAGCCAAACCACGAACAGCCUUGGAGAAGAAGAAGUCUAAGUCGGAGGCGGCACUGAUGUUGGCCACGCUGAUCCCUGACCUGGCUGGCAAUGUGGUGGGCAGAGCCAAUGCGCAAGCUGCGGCCAGAAGGAUCACCGCCACCAUGAACAACGCACGUCUCAACCAGCACCUUGUCUUUACGAUCCUCGACGAGAUUAUCGGAGUGCUGUUUGACCCUGCCAAGAAAGGCGGGAUUCCGUAA